AUGCAAUCCUCUGAGUCUGCGGUAUCCGCACAGCCAGGUUCCUUCGCCGACUCCAAUACUUCUACUAUCGUCACCAAGAGGCGCCCUAUCCCCCGAAAAGGCCAUACCAAGUCUCGAGCAGGUUGCUCUAGUUGCAAAAGGAGAAGAGUAAAAUGCGACUUGACCACACCAGAAUGCGGUGCCUGCGAACGCUUAGGCUUGGAUUGCGAAUACCUGAAUAGGCCCAGACAUAGUAGUCAAAACCCAGCGGUUGCCAUCUCACGACCACUGCGAACUGACCCAGUUGUGUUCGAUUACAACGAUCUGAACUUCUUUCGGCAUUUCCUCUUUGAAGCCUAUCCUCCACUGCCCAUAGAUGGAUUCGCAGUGUGGCAAAUGGCCUCACAGCGUUCACAUUCAUAUGAUUUCUUACUACACUCUAUGCUUGGGCUUGGAGCAUCUCAUCUAAGUUUAAUUACUCCUAAUGGGUACGAGAAAGCAGCCUUGAAGCAUCGAGUCCUUGCAAUAAGUGCCUUGAAUAAGCACCUUGCAAGACCUGGUCUCACCAAUCAAGACACCGAAGCAGCGUUUGGAGCGAUGCUCAACUUGACUUUUCAAUCUGCGUAUAUGAACGAUGGGCUCAUAGACUUUUUCACGAUGGUCAGGGGCUGUUGGCUUGUCGGUACACAACCUCAUGUUGAUCUAGAUCAUACCAUCUUCAAGACAUUCGGGCGUGUAAGUUACCUCGAAAGAAUCAAGGCCCUAAUACAAGACGGCGAUGAGACGAAUCAUUAUCUGGAUAAAAUCAUUGCCGAGGGCUUCUGUCAAAGUGUGCAGAAACUUGGUCCGUUGUGUCACAGCGUUGCUGAGUUAAAAUACUUGGCCCAUAUGCAAAGAAUCGCUACCUUAGCAUCUACAAACCCUGCCGAAAGCUACCAUGAACUCGCGUUCCUAUAUGAUGGACUUGGAAAUCUAAGCGGUAACGACUUUGCUUCAUUCAUCGACCCCACGAAUCAUGCUUCACAGCUCGUCAUCCUGCACAUGCUGGUUCUAGAGUUUGUUAUGAGCAGAAAAGCGGUCGAAGGAGAUAAGAGAUCUGCAAUAGGGAAGAAAGGUUAUCACUGUAGAAAAGCCAUGUCCAAAGUUUGGAUCCAGCAGAUUCUCCGGAAGCUUCCUGUUGAGUACUACGAAUAUGGCGAGUGGCCCCUGAGAUUUAUCAAUAGUCUCAAUUACUCGUUUGACGACGAAGACCAAGUUUGGAAACCAUUUUUCCUAAGCAAUGGUAGAACAGUUAUACCAGCAGGAGAGACGCUUUCUUUAGCUGUAAUAUAG